CUGUUAUGUAUGUGCGUAUAAUAUAUUAUAAAUAAUAUGUAUACAUAAAAUAUAAUAUGUAAACAGCCAAUGAGAGGCAUAUGCUAUAUUAUUAUAGUUCGGUAUCGCGAAAAAAAAUCCCAAGCGCGGCAGUUUAAAAAUCCGUUAUUAUACGUAUCCGCUAUAAUACGUAAAUAUAACAGUUGGAAAAAAGUUUUCGAAAAACUUUAACUCUUCACGCGGAACAGUAUCAUCCGCCGUAUAACAGGUACCCGCGUAAUGACAUUAUCGUGAUCGUCGUGCCAUAUCAUAUUAUUGUAUACCGUCAUUGGAAGAAUUCCCGUACACAUAUUAUAGUCGUCGUAAAGCGUUAUACUUACACUUGCCGGUUCUGCGAUUGAGCUGAUUUUUAAUCUACGAUCGUCAAAAUGCCGCCACCGGCGAACGGCCUGGGCGGCGGUGACGGCGACGUCGGCGGACCACGGUGGUGCACGUGCUGCGGCCAGAACGUAAGCGGUCGGACGACGUAGUCGGUGGUCCGGAAACAGCGGCGGCGACGGCCACCGAUAUAAGCGCUAAACGCGUCCGCGAGGAGUAGAGGCGAUAGCGACAUGUUUGCGGCGACGGCUGCGGCCGCGGGUACGAUCAACGGGACCACCGAGCCGACGACAAUCGCGGCGACGACCAUCGCCGCGGCGACCACGGUAGCCGCGACGACGGCGGGCGCCGACGUUCUGGCCACGGUGGCCGCGACAGGCGCGACCGCGAUCUCAGGCGGUGCCGUCGACAGGCUGCUCGACGAACUGGCGGACGAGGCGCGGUUCUGCGGUUACGUGGCCAAGUGCGCGGCCAUGUGCUUCAUAGUGGUGGCCGCGCUGUUCGGCAACCUGCUUGUCAUGGUGAGCGUGAUGCGUCACCGCAAGCUGCGCGUAAUCACCAACUACUUCGUCGUGUCGCUGGCCCUGGCCGACAUGCUGGUGGCCAUAUUCGCUAUGUGCUUCAACGCCAGCUUCGAGCUGACCGGCCGCUGGCUGUUCGGCCGGUUCAUGUGCGACGUCUGGAACUCGAUGGACGUGUACUUCUCCACCGUGUCCAUACUGCACCUGUGCUGCAUCAGCGUGGACAGGUACUACGCCAUCGUCCAGCCACUCGACUACCCGCUGAUCAUGACCAAGGCCCGGACGGUGGUCAUGCUGGCGUCCGUGUGGGUGUCGCCCGUGCUCAUAUCGUUCGCGCCGAUAUUCGCCGGCUGGUACACGACCGCCGCGCACGACCGCGAACGGGUCCGUCACCCGGACGUGUGCGCGUUCGUCGUCAACAAGCAGUACGCCGUCGUGUCGUCCGGCGUGUCGUUCUGGGUGCCGGGCGUCAUCAUGCUGUUCACGUACUACCGCAUCUAUCAGGAGGCCGACCGGCAGGAGCGUAUGCUCUACAGGAGCAAAGUGGCCGCGGCGUUGCUGAACAAGCACCUACAGAUCAAUGGCAUAAGCGCACUCGGAGCGCUGUCAACUUCGGAUGCUGUGAAGGACGUCGAUGUGGAAACGGAUCCGGACUCGGGAGCUUUUCGACCAGCGGCCUCGAGUAACAAAAUGAAACGGGAACGGAAAGCGGCCCGAACCUUGGGCAUCAUUAUGUCCGCAUUUUUGGCAUGUUGGCUACCUUUUUUUACAUGGUACAUGAUGAGCUCGCUGCUGGAAGCCGGUUCGUGGAUGCCUCGGUGGGUAACAGUGCUCGUGUUCUGGGUGGGCUACUUCAACUCGGCCCUCAACCCGCUCAUCUACGCGUACUUCAACAGGGAGUUCCGGGUGGCGUUCCAGAAGACGCUGCAGAGCUGCUGGCCCAGGUCUCCGCCGUGGUGUCCGCCGUGCCUGCACCGCCGGUACGAGCAAUCGCGCAAUGACACGGCCACGCCGACCGCGGCUUUCGGCCAGCAGAACAUGUACAACUAUAGCAACGCUUCCGAGGUGCAUUACAUGAACCCGGCAACCAUAGGUCUGCUCCAAAACAACGGCGGCAGUGGUGGCAGUGGCGGCAACGGAUGUCGUACCGAACAAAACGUUCUGUAGAAAGAAAAACAUAUAUAUAUAAUAUUAUGCACGUAUAGCUAAUUUUUCUCCCCGAAGAUCUACGCCACGACGAUCUAUACCAGCAGAGCACACAAGCUGUGCAAAGUGGUUAUGGAACUGUCGACUUAUAAAAUCAUAGGGGUGACGCAGACCCAGUUGGUUAGUUGUUCAAACAAACUAUAAAAAAUUUAGUGAGAAAAUCGUUCUUUUCAGUAAGCACAGGUGCAGGUGAUUUACCUGUAUCAUUUAAAAACAUGCUAAAUACUCCCGAGUCCUGACAAACACUGAAACUCCUGACAGUCCUAAACACUGCUGCUGUAGUGCUAUGUGUGUGAGCCACUGACGGCUAUUAUUAUUUGUUUACGUAUUGUUAUGUCUACUUGCAUAAUAUUAUACAUUACAUAUUGUCACUUAAAAGUCUCUAAGAGAAAAUAAUAAUGUUAAUAGUGCCAAUUAAACCGUGGAUUACGUGGUGACCAUGCCGUGAAUUUAAAACUUGACCGAAAAUUCCUUCAGCGCCAUAGCACAAUCAUAAUAUAUUAUUGGCGGUGGUGACUUUAGACACUUAUACUUUUAUUGAUGACUCAGCAAAAUAUCAUCGUUCUAUCCUGUAUUAUUAUUAUUAUUAUUAUAUAAUAUAUCCGUCGACAAUAUUUCAUUGUUGGACUGUGCGGGGUGACACAUGCAGUGUAUUUGUGACCUUAGCCCUAAAUAAUUAAACGAAUCUCUAACUGUUGUCGGAUCUCGUCGUCGCCAAUCCAAAUCGUUGUCGCAUUCAUAAAAAUAUAAUAAUAUAAUAAUAUUAUGGUGCAGGAUAUACACACAUUAUUAUUACAACUAUUAAUCCCAUUUUCCUCCGCACAACCCUAUCGAUGUUCAGACUCGUUUGCGUAUUACAGUCAUAACUUACAAGUACAGUAUAUAAUGUAUUAAUGUGACCAUAGAAUCCAAUAAAAAAAAAAAAUGUUAUAAUAAAAAUACAAUUUUUAGAAAAAAAUGAU